AUGGCGAAGCCUUAUAUAAACGGCUGCUACGGCUUUGGUGGAUACGGCUACGGCAUUGGUGGCAUUGGUGGCUUUGGAGGUCUUGGAGGUCUUGGUGGUCUCGGCGGCUUUGGCGGUCUGUACGGUGUCCGAGGAAUUGGCAUCGGCGGCAUCGGCCUCGGCGGCAUUGGCCUCGGCGGCAUCGGCCUCGGUGGCAUCGGCCUCGGGGGCAUUGGCAUCGGUGGCAUCGGCCUAGGUGGUAUAGGAGGAGGUUUCUACAGGGGAUUCCCGUACUACAAGAAAUACGUCUACUAA